UCCCAACACCUGGAACUCUGUUAGCAGAGCCUGAGCCAUCCCUCUGGGUAUCUGUGCACGAGGAGGGGCUUCAGGCACUGUGGCCUCAGCAGCAGUCUGGUCUGGAUUCGAGCUCCUGAGUCACUUCUGGCAGAGGUGAUGUAAUUCAACCCUGACCUGCUCCUACCCCUAGAAACAGGCCCUGGGGAAGGCACAUCCAUUAUCCUUGAAAGGACUUGAAAGGCAUAGGACAGACCAAGUUCACAUUCUCAGCACAAAGGAAAUUCAUUUGUCCCAAGGGACAAAGGGCAGGGACUAAGAGACAGAGACAGGAGACAGAGGAGAAGGAGAAGAAGAAGGGACCAGAGAAAAAGAGGAAGGAUAUUUGCCCUGAGGGACAAAGGCCUGCUCCUGGAUAUAGGGUCUACAGGCAAUGAGCACCCGGACAAUUUGUGCCUCAGACAAACGGGAAGCAUUUCAUGCACUUACGAUUUGGAAAGGGUGACCAUACAACAUACCCUCAAAACUGAUCACACCAACAUCAUCACUGUCCUUAGACUGGAGGCAGAUGGAGACGUGGACUCUAAAGCCCAGGUUCAGCAUCGCGGGAGGCAGAAAACCCAGACUUCCCUCCGGGAACUGUGAUGGAUUCAAGUCCAAGGAAGUCCUCCAGCUAAGUCUGUUGUAACUUGGAUGUCUGGUCUGGAGCCCCAAUCUAAAAUCGAUGCUUUAUUAAAAUUUUUAUUAUCCUCUUCUCUCUCUAACUCUCUCUUCUGUCUCUUUCUUAGUUAGGACCUCUUAGGACUCCUGCAUGCUGUAAAAUAUUCUACCACUGAGCCACGCCCCCAGACCCUCACUGGGGGAUUCUAGGCAAGCAUUCUACUGCUGAGCCACAUCCAAACCUCAUUUUAAAUUUUGUGACAGUCUCACCAAGUUAUUCUGGAUAGCUUUGAAUGAACUUUGUUGCUCAAGUUGUCCUUGAAUUUGGGAAUCUCCUGCCUCAGCACCUGCACCAGGCCCAGUUUUAAUUUUUUUUUCUUAGCUUUCUACUUUUAAGUAAUUAUAGACACAGGAAGUUGCAAAGAUAGAACAUAAAGAUGUGUGUGCUAGUCACCCAAUGUACGUAAUUACAGUAAGAUAUCCUCAGCAGGGACCACACAGUAGGAAAGUGUGUGUACCGCUCCAGUGUCUUAUCUUGCAACUUUAGAUGGCUAUGACAGUCACACACAGUCAAGAUAGAGUCCCUCUGUGACCACUAAGACCCUGCCCUCUUGUGAUAAACCCUGAUAGUUCAGCCCUCCUUCUCCCUGUCCUGAUGCCCUGACAAUGGCCCUCUCACCCUGUCCUGACACCCUGACAAUGGGUCAUCUCAUCCUGUCCUGAUGUCCUGGCAACGGGUCAUCUCACCCUGUCCUGACAGUACUUGAGAGGCUGUGGGGAGAGGACUGUGAGUUCCAGGACAACAUGAUUGUACAUAGCAUGUUUCUCAAAACAAACAAAAAACCCCAAAAGAACAACAACAGCAAAACCCAAACAACCAAGCAAAUACAAUAUUCUGUCAUAUCACUCCCUAACAGUAACUAUUUUCCCAGCAUUUACAGCAUAGUAUACGCAGCCAGAGAGGAGUUAAAGCAGACAGGAGCUCAGUGGUCCAGCACCUGCCAAGCACAUGCAAGUCGCUGGGGUUGACUCCUAGCACCACAAUAAAAUAGAACAAAGUAACGAAUGAGAAUAAACACACCUGAGGCUGUGCAUAAGUUCCAGGCGGUGUUUAUAUAAUUGGCUUGAGCUGGCUCAGUUGUCACAGGCAUAGCGCCAGCUGGUCUCCACGCAGCUCACUUUGUUUAACCACCCACCCAUUGAAGGACAUGUUCCUUUCCCCCAGUGUUUGGCUGUCACAAAGAGAGUAGCAGUGAGUAAUUUGUUGCACAGGUUUUUGUACACAGGCAAAUUGCUUAAUUUAUUGAGGACAAAAGGCCUAGGAUAUAAUGGCUAUGUCAAGGACAGGUACAGUUUGCCCAGUCUUUGAAGAAACUGGCAAACCAUUAGCUGGGGUGGCUGUGUCAGUUUACAAUUAUAUCUGCAGGGUAUGAAUGAUCAGGCUCCUGCCCCUCAACAGCAGCUGACACUGCUAUCAUCGUCACCAUCGCCACCAUCAUCAUCUGACAUCAUCAUCAUCACAAUCACUGUCACCAUCAUCAUCACCAUCACCACCAUCAUCACCAUCACCAACCAUCGCCAUCACCACCAUCAUCUUCUGACAUCAUCAUUGCAGUCACUGUCACCAUCACCCUCAUCAUCAUCACCACCAUUAUUGCCUGACAUUAUCAGCAUCACAGUCACUGUCACCAUCACCAUCAUCACCAUCAUCGUAGACAGCAGUGGGGGCCUUGUGAUCAUAGUCAUCAUCAUCACCAUCCAGAGCUUCAUGUUUGUCUGUAACCCCAGCCUUUGGAAGGUAGAGUCAGGAGGACCAAGAGUUCAAGGUCAUCUUUCCCUAUAUAGCAAAUUUAAAGCCAACCUUGGAUAAAAGAAACUAUGUUUCUUCUUCUUCCUCCUCCUCCUCUUCCUCUAUGAUGAUGAUGAUGAUGAUGAUGAUGAUGAUGAUGUAGUUGGUUUAGAACUCAAGAUCUUUGACCCUCUUGCCACUGUCUGCCAAAUGCUGGGAUUGCAAAUUGUACCUCUAAGGCCAGUCCAACAGCUCAGUGUGUUUUUAUUUAAGUUCUUCUGAGACCUUGUUAUGGUCCUUGUUAGGAUUUGCCCGAUGCCUAACGGUGCUGACUGUCCUUCCAGGUGCUUAAAUGCCAUUGUGCAUCCAUCCUCCUCAGUGAGAAAUUCCACACCAUUACCCAUUUUCUGACUGGGUUGACUUAAUGACUGACUCACCAACCGUACAUCAAGCCAUUGACAAAGGACACUUCGGUGGUGAUUUAGAUUUGUUUAUGUAUCUAUUUCCUGUGUGGCUGUCUUGUCUGCAUAUACAUCUGUGUGCCUCAUACACAUCCGCUGCCCUCGGAAGUCAGAAGAGGGCGUUAGAACUGCGAGGACUAGAGUUGUGAGAGACCACGCAGGUGCUGGGACUAGAACCUUCCUCUGCAAGAGAGGCCAGUGUUCUUAACUGUUACCCUUCUCUCCAGCUCCAGUUCAGUGGUUUAAAGUAUAUAAAUGGAGUUGUGAAACUAUCACCACCUCCAGGUUUAGAACACUUGCUCCCCCCACCAACCCAAUCUCAUGAGCACUUGCUGCUCAUUUCCUGUCAGCACCUCUGUGCUGCUCACCCAGCUAACCACUGAAUCUGCAUUCUGUUUCAACACCCUUUCUCGGGACUUUUCACACCAGUGCCAUUGAAUCUGUGGCAUCAGGUGGUUGGUGUCCUCCCAAUAACACGUUCCAAGUUCCUCCAUAUUGUUUUUACUCUUGCCGUAAUUGUCAAGGAAUAGUCCACGGUCUGCAUUCAUGGCAUUUUGUUCCUUCCGACGCACUCGAUGGACACCUGGGUUACUCCUUUCUGUCCUUUAUUAAUAAUGCUUCCCCGAGCAUGUGCUGAGGUUUCUGGGUGAGCAUAUUUUCACUUCUCAAACAGAUCUAGCUGACUCGGGGUAGAGCUGCAGAUGGAUUUAAUGCUUAAUCUUUGAGCAACUGUUUGGAAGGAAUUUUUUUUUCACAUCUACUCUGGCAGUGUAUAAAACAUCCCAUUUUGGCACAGGCACCCAAGCUUUUCGUAUGAUUAUUCCUUUUCGUUUUGGUGGUUGUAAUAGGUGUGCCAUGGUUAUGUCUCAUUUGGAUUUCCCUAAAGGCUAAAUGAUGUCAAAGGCCAUUCUUUCCUCUCUCUCUCCCCGGUCUCACCUAGCCCAUGCUGACCUUGAACUGACUAGAGAAUGUAAACUCUGUCCCCACCUUCUGCUUGCUGAGAUUUCAGCACACCUACUUUACGCAAUGUGGGGAAUGAACCUAGCACUGCCUGACCGCUAGGCAGCCGCUCUACCAACUGAACCACAUCCCUGCCUUGACAUAUUUUUAUGUGGUUAUUUUCUAUCUGUAAAUCCUCUCUGGUAAAAUACCCCUUCAUGUUACUGUGUAGCUCUGGGUGGACUGGAACUGGCUAUGCAGACCAGGCUAGUCUCAAACUCCCAGAGAUCCUGCCUCUGCUUUUCAGCAUUAAAGGUGCAUGCUAUCAGUUUUAAAUUGAGUGCUUCUUUCUGUCUGGUUCUGUUAGCAGAAGUAGGGACGGAAUGCAGGACUUGUGGGUGACACACAGAUGCCCUACAUUAACCCAGGCCCUCAUUCCUGAAUGAAACUUCCUCUUCCUCCUUCCUCUUCUUCUUCCUCCUCCUCCUUUCUCUUCUUCUCCUCCUCCUCCUCCUCCUCUUCUUCUCUCAUUAUAUCCCUACUUCAUUUUCUCCUCACUCCACUCAUUUCACUCCCCCACCCAACCCCUGCCCAACUCCCCCACCCCAACCCCAAUCCCUUCUAAAAAGAGCAGGACUUUCAGGGAUAUCAAACAAGUUGCAAUAAGACUGGGCACAAAUUCUCAUUUUUCAAGACAGGGUUUCUCUGUGUAGCCCUGGCUGUCCUGGAACUUACUUUGUAGACCAUGUUGGCCUUGAACUCAGAGAUCUGCCUGCCUCUGCCUCCCAGUGCUGAAACUAAAGGUGUGAACCACCACCAUGCCCGGCUCGACUUUCUCUCUCUCAUUUUUGAGACAGACCAGUCUCGAACUUGCGAUCUUCCUGCUUGAGCCCUGGAGGAUUGGGGUUACAGGCCAGCACCACCAUGCGUGAUCAAUCUGCGAACUUGUGGAAAGCCUGUCACCUUCAGCUUCCCAACUGCUGGAAGACCUGGACAAGUCAGCUUGGAAAUUCAUCAGACGUGGAAGACACACAAGCCAAGACCUGACUGCAGAGAGUCAAUUUGAUUCCAGGCUUUAGUUCUCCACUGUGGCCUCUCUUCCCCACCUUUUUACUAGUCUCAGGGGCAGAAGAGGAAGGGGGCGUGGCCAAGCUCGUGAGAGUUUUCUUACUUUGACUCUCUCAGAUCGUGCUGGGGAUCCUGAAGCUCGAACACAGGGGGAAACAGCGUUCCCUUUCCGGGCUUUCUGGGUCCUCUGAGGUAGAAGCUGUUGAGUGCCAGGGAGGAAAUGAUGGAACCAGGACGCUAACCUCGAGGCUCUCAGAAGCCAAGCUGACCUUGGACUUGCAAUUGUGUUGCAUCAGCCUCUGGAGCACCUGGAAUUCCAAGCCGAACUGCCAGGCCUCGAUCAGAUCUCACCCAGACAAGCCAUCAUGUGUGUCCCCUGCCCGUGGCUCCUCCUGAUCCUUGGACAUGUGGCUUCCUUCCGCUCAGCAACUGGAUGGUCUGUUGAACAUCCCCAAACCCUCUUUGCCUGGGAGGGAGCCUGCAUCCAGAUUCCUUGCAAGUACAAAGUACCAAAGCCUAGGUCGCGUUUGGACAGCAUCCUCCUUUUUCAGAACUAUACGUUUGACAACACCACCAGGGAUUUCACAGGAAAGGUCCUCUAUAACAACACGAAGGCGAGCAUAGAGACUGAGCUGUACUUUUCUCAGCAAGACAGAGUAACAUUUCUGGGAAACAGAUCGAACAAUUGUACCCUGAAAAUCGACCCGAUACAUGCCAAUGACAGUGGGAAGCUGGGCUUGAGGUUGAUCUCAGGGACUGACAAAUGGAUGGAGCACAUUCACCUCAACGUCUCUGAGAGACCGUUCCAACCUUACAUCCAGCUGCCAUCGGAAAUCCGGGAAUCCCAAAGGGUUUCUCUGACCUGUGGACUGAAUUUCACCUGCUUUGGGUAUGACAUCAGCCUUCGGUGGUCUCUGGACGGGUCCGAGGUCAGCCCUGUCACCUCUUCCAUCACCUCCUCCGUUGAGAACGUCUAUACAGAGAGCAAGCUCACCUUCCAGCCAAAGUGGACAGACCACGGAAAGAGCAUGAUGUGCCAAGUCUGGCACUUCUCCCAAGUGCUCUCUGAGAGGACAGUGCGUCUGGAUGUUAAGUACACCCCAAAACUGCAGAUCACGGUCAAUCCCACAGAGGUCAAGGAGGGCAACUCUGUGACCAUGACAUGUCAGGUUAACAGCAGCAACCCGAGUCUCAGUACCAAGAAGGUAUCCUGGUUCAAGGAUGGGAGCUUCCUGAAGGAACAACAGGAACAGGAGGAGCUAACUCUGCAUUCAGUGACCAAGGACAUGAGAGGGAAAUACCAGUGCCGGGCUUCCAACAACAUAGGCCAAGGACAGUCCAAAGAAGUGGCACUCACGGUGCUCUAUCCUCCGGAACCCUCCAAGGUUCACAUCUAUCCCUCACCGGCUGAAGAGGGACAGUCAGUAGAGCUGAUCUGCGACUCACUGGCCAGUCCAAGAGCAACAAACUACACCUGGUAUCACAAUGGGGAAAUGGUACCCGGAGCCAGCCAUGAGAAGCUCCAGAUCUCUAAUGUCUCCUUGUGGCAUGCUGGGAAAUACUCUUGCUUGGCAGAGAACCGUCUGGGUUGUGGAAAGAUAGAACAGGAAGCUGAGCUGGAUGUCCACUAUGUUCCCAAGGCGGUAACCACAGUGAUUCAAAGCGUCACACCAAUUCGGGAAGGAGACAGCGUGACCCUAGACUGUAGAUACAACUCCAGCAAUCCAGAGGUCACCAAGUAUGAAUGGAGUCCUCAAGGUUCUGGGAGCGAGGUCACACCUGGAGUGCUAAGGAUUCAGAAAGCGACAUGGGAUUCCCCGCCCAUCAAAUGUGCUGCCUGUAACUACAAGUGCUCGUGGUCCUUCCCUGUCAGCCUGAAUGUCCACUAUGCCCCCAGAGCCGUGAAGAUACUGAAGGUGAGCCCCGCAUCGGAGAUCCACGCUGGGCAGCAUGUCCUCCUCCAAUGUGACUUCUCAGGGAGCUUCCCCACAGAGGUCCGCUUCUUCUGGAAGAAGAAUGGGAAUCUCGUGCAGGAAGGGAGAUACCUGAACUUCAGCUCCAUCUCUCCAGAAGAUUCUGGAAAUUAUAACUGCAUGGUCAGAAACUCCAUCGGAGAGACCUCGUCACAGGCCUGGAGCCUGCAAGUGCUGUAUGCUCCUCGGAGGCUGCGUGUGUCCAUCAGCCCUGGGGACAGCGUGAUGGAGGGGAAGAAGGCCACCUUGUCCUGUGAGAGUGAUGCCCACCCGCCCGUCUUCAAGUAUAUCUGGUUUGACGCCAAUGACCAAGACCUCCACUUCUCGGGCCAGAAACUGAGGCUGGAACCCCUGAGAGUUCAACACACGGGUUCCUACCGCUGCCAAGGGAUCAACGAGCUAGGCACGGGAAAGUCACCACCCAGCACCCUCACGGUUUACUACAGCCCAGAGACCAUCGGCAAGCGGGUCGCCUUGGGACUAGGGUUCUGCCUGGCUAUCUGCAUCCUGGCCAUCUGGGGGAUGAAAAUCCAGAAAAAAUGGAAGCACAACCGGAGCCAGCAGGGGCCUCAGGACAAUUCCAGUGGCCAGAGCUUUUUUGUGAGGAACAAAAAGGCUAGAAGGACCCGUCUCACAGAAGGCCCCCAGUCCCAGGGAUGCUACAAUCUGGCGAUGGAUGACACCGUUAGUUAUGCUGUCUUGCGCUUUCCAGAGAGUGACACGCACGGCGCUGGAGGUGCAAGGAGCCCAGCAACACAGGGUCCUCCUCCAAACGACGAUGACACAGUCACUUACUCGGUGCUACAGAAGCGGAAUAUGGGUGACUAUGAGAAUGUGAGUCCAAACUGCCCCGAGGAUGAGAGCAUCCAUUACUCAGAGCUGGUUCAGUUUGGGGCUGGGAAGCGGCCCCAGGCAAAGGAAGACGUAGACUAUGUGACCCUCAAGCACUGAGGUGGGUAGUAGCUGCAGUGGCAGGUUCUGGAGCCUAAAGAAGACUACAACGUCUUCAGCUGCUGCGGCUCAGCUGCUAAGAGACAGGCAGCUCCCCACAUGGUCAUCUAAAAACCUGCGCAUGCCCACACGGUCAUCUAAAAACCUGCGCAUGCCCACACGGUCAUCUAAAAACCUGCGCCCGGCCAGACCUAGCGGCUGGCCCAACACUGUGUAGCACCUGUUUCUCCAACCCCAGGCACCACCGCCAUCUUCUUCAUUCCAAGCCUCCUCAUCUGGACGACGUGUUCCUGCUGUGAUCCGCUGGGACCCUCAUUAACAUUUCUUCUUCUCUGACCCCUUGAUACUCCACCCCACUCAUUAAUCUUACUACCCACUUCCUGGCCCUGGGGAGAAAUCCCCCAGGAAGUGCAGAAAUAUGGAAGCAAGAGGCACUGUCCCCAGCUGGUUUUUCUCCUACAAAGAUGUCUCUGAGUAAGUCGAACCUUCUGUGGAGAUCAUGCCUUCCCUCAGGGGUACUGGACGCUGAGCAGACAGAACGGCAUAGAAAUAUAUAUAUAUAUAUAUAUAUAUAUAUAUAUAUAUAUAUAUAUAUAUAUUUUUUUUUUCACUAAAUGCUUCGUAUUAAAAAUGGCACGGCUGCCACACGAACUCUUUUGUGUUGGUGAUUGGUGUGAUUAUACCGGAAACCUGGAGGUGGGAAUGGCUUCUUGAAGCCUAUAGGGAGUGGAAGAGACUCUGGGUAAUCUCAUGAUCUAAUCAGCUCAUAGGGGCACCAUUGUCUUGCGGUGUUGGUAUUCAACUUAGGGCUUCACGAAUGCCAGGCGUGACGGUUUGACCAUGCUUGGCCUAGAGAGUGGCACUACUAGGAGGUGUGGCCCUGUUGGAGUAGGGUUGCCAUUGUGGGCGUGGGCUUUAGCCAGUCUUUUCCUAGCAGCCUUCAGAUGAAGAGGUAGAACUCUCAGUUCCUCCUGCAUCAUGCCUGCCUGGAUGCUGCCAUGCUCCUGCCUUGAUAAUGGACUGAACCUCUGAAACUGUAGGCCAGCCCCAAUUAAAUGUUGUCCUUAUAAGAGUUGUCUUGGUCAUGGCGUCUGUUCACAGCAGUAAAACCCUAAGUAAGACACGGAGUAAGUACUCUGGAGCCACAUCUUCCUCACUUGAGGUAGGCAGAUGCUCUGCCCCUCACUGGGGGAUUCUACUUCUACUACUGAGCCAUACUGAAGGCCUCCUAUUUAUUGUUGAAAGGAAAAUUAUACAGAUUUAAGGUUUAAAAAUAUGAAGUUAAAAGAGUAUGUUUCAAAAUUCACAACCUCAGGACUAAACACUGUGAAAAGCAAGUCCAGGCAGCCCCGCCCUGCCGCUAGAACUAACAGACCAGAAAAGAAAAGGAAUGCAGAACAGACCAGGAGUACCAGAUCUGACUCACAGGCCACCUGGCAGGAAGAGAUAAGCCUCCAGCCCCCGACAUCCAGGACGCCCCAAACCUGCCAAUGUGUGUAGCUAUACCUUAUUACCUCAUCAUGUGAAAUAGCCAAUCAUAUGUGAACAUGUCUAUGUGCCUCGUUUGAAUCCACCAAUCCCCGUAACUAUGCAUCUGCUUCUGUACGCCCGCUUCUGCUUCCCCAAUCCCUAUAAAAGCCCCAUGCUGGAGCUGCUGGGCACGCAAGUCCUCCGAAGAGACUGUGUGCCCGCAGGUACCUGUGUUUUCCAAUAAACCCUCUUGCUGAUUGCA